AUGGGAGAAAUGGCCGAAGUGAAAAAUGAUGCAGUGGAGUUCUUCGAAAAGAAACUCGGUAAAAAUGGGAAACCUCGCAAAGGUCAAGAAUGGACAGUAUUUUGCGCAAUUAUCUUGGAGGCUGUGAAUGGUUCCAAGAGAGUGGUGGCUGCCGGAACAGGCUCCAAAUGUCUCGGCAGUACUGAAAUCAGCAUGAAUGGAGAGCUCCUUCAUGAUAGCCACGCCGAGGUCACUUGUAAGCGAGCCUUCCACAGAUUUAUUUUGGAUCAAGUCAGGAAUAUCACUGAAGGCUCAAUCUUGGAAGAGCACAGAGAUCUAUUAGCUGUGAAACCCGGGUUCAAGUUCCAUUUCUUCUCCAGUCAUCCUCCAUGUGGAGAUGGAUCCAUCGCCGUGAAGGAUCAGGCUAACUCUGAACCAGAUUCCAAGCGUCUCAAAUUAGAUGUUCACAGAACUGGAGCCAAGUGUCUCAAGGGAGAUGCCGAAGAUGGAUUGGGUCUCGGAUUGAACUAUCACACCGCCUUGGGCGCUAUUCGAACCAAACCAGGACGAGGCGAUCCCACCUCAUCCCUCUCAUGUAGUGAUAAGCUAGUCAAGUGGAACUUUCUCGGCUGGCAGGGAUCUCUCUUAGCAGCAAUCCUAAGUGGUCCCAUUCGCAUGACUUCACUCACUUUUUGUGCGGAUCCCUGCUUUGAACCCUCCAUUAGACGUGCUUUACAAACCAGAUUUGGUGCCGAACUUCCUCAACCUGAUUUGUGCAUACAAAUUGUCCCGUCAGAGUUCCCCUGUCAAAAGGAAGAUGGUUUGGUGCCAAGUCCUUGCAGCAUCAUAGCUUGCGUGAUAAAGCGGGAAGUUCAAAUAGAAAUCUCCGUGGAUGGCCGGAAGCAAGGGUGUAUUAAGAAGUAUCUGCACACGUCAAGAGCGAGAAACAAAAUAUGUCGGCUUUCGUAUUCCCAGGAGUUCGUAGAAGUGAUAAGAGGCCUUCGGAAGCCACCCCAGGACAUUCAGGAAGUGUUGCACAACAAGGAGAUCACAUACCAAGAAUUGAAAGCCAUUUCCAAAUGGCACACGCGUCUUAAAGGCGAGUUCAUGAAUAACCUCCUUAAUUGGCCUCGUGGAAGUUGUGUCAAGAAUGAAUUCAAGAUCCUGUCCGAAAGCAGCCUUUAAUCUUGUGAUACUGUACAAUAAAGAAAUGUUCGCUCAUCGCACAUCAAAUGCGUGUUUAAAUAUACAUAUAACUUUUUAGA